AUGUGGAUGAUAAGGAUGAAUGGAGUAGAGAAAAUUAGGGAAGGGAAGAGAGUCAUAUCAUACGAGAAUGAUAGUGAUAUAAACCUUUUUGAGAGGAAUUUUCACCAUCUUGAUGUGGCAGCAAUUCUUCAAAUUCCUCUCAACAAUUUGGAUUGUGCGGAUGAGCCAACUUGGCACUGGGAGAAGAAUGGACUCUUCAGUGUGAAAUCAGCAAAGAUGAUUAUCUCCAGAAAUCACAAAAGCAGGCAAGAUAUACCAGAAGAAAUUGAGGUGGUGGUGCGGCGGUCGUGGCGCGGCGGCAGUGGCGCGGCGGCGGUGGCUCUUGGCGGCGGUGGCUCGGCGGCUUUCGGUAUAUAA